AUGGGGCAACGAUAUGGAAAUGUCUCAGAAGAAAUGAACGGGGUGGACUUUUCGCACUGCAGUAUCUCAUGCAUGAAGCCCAAUGAAUCUCAUCCCUGUCAUGCAUUCAACUUCAGGGAAGCUGAUGGAUCAUGCCAGCUGAUCCGCAAAAGCAAGAGCCAUAUCGUCAAAUCUGAAGGGUACCAGGCAUAUGUUCUAUUCCUAUGCCUUACGGGCUACCCAAAGAUACAGAAUGCUGAGGAAGCUUUCCAAGGUUGGAGUGGUGCAUAUCCUGCCCCACGAGGAGGUCAGGUGACAUUCACAUGCAAACACCCGCGAGGAUUCACUGAUGAUCACAACGUACAUAUGGCCACCUGCGCCUCCAUGCGACCUGAUGUAUGGUGCACCACAUUCACCGACAAGCAGACGACGAUUCUCUGUCCACCUCCACUUGUUAUAUGGACAACAAAGACAUGUCACGGGAUGGAAAGGUUUACGGGAGAUGCCAAGAUCGAAACAGCCAAAUUUGGCCUCGUGACAGAGGGAGAAACCAUUUUGAAGGGGACGCCGGAUGUGCAUUCCAGGCACGAGCCUCGCACCAAUGACCACGUCGAGGAAUGGCACAACAAGUUGGGGAACAGUUUAAUUGGCCGAAACCAUCCACCCCUACUCCAUUUCCUGGACGUCAUCGCUGAGGAGCAGUCAACGGUUCAGCAGCGACAGAUUGAGCUGGACAGGCGAGAAACAUUACAAAAACGAAAGAAAUGCGACAUUACCAGAGAGACAAAACUGAAGAAGAUAACAGAAGUGUUUGAUUUGAGGCCUGUGCUUGAUUUAUUGAGAGUGUCAUGCGUGACCGAGCACCCAAAGAUGGAGAACAUGACUGUGGAUGUGACCUACAAGGACUGGGAUGGAAAAUACCCUGCACCUCCAGGUGCAACCGUCACAUUCAGCUGCCCUGCAAUGUUCAAUGACGGGUCAUUCGAACACAAUGCUACUUGCUCCUUCCUGCAUGAUCAUGCCUGGGACACUUCCUAUCACAAGGAUGUGCGAUGCCCACCGGCAGUUUAUCCUAACUGCCGCCUGUCGGGGAAAGGGAAGGAGUACAUCGGGACCAGGAACGUGACGGAUACAGGGAAAUCCUGCCUCAGGUGGGAUUCCGAGCAAGUGAUAUCUUCUUAUAUGGAUGUGGAGGCAGGAUUCAAUUAUGUCUUGUCCUUCGAUCUCGUGAAGGAUUUGGUCCUGGGCAGGACCGUGUUCUUGAAGACGGCCUUGGGCUGUCCCUACCGAUCCGGGACCACGAAACAACUGCUACUACCACACUUCUACCUCAAAACGGCAUAA